AUAAAGAUCUAAUGUUACUGGGAAUUUAAAAUAAAAUAAAAAUGGCCGCGUAUGGGACAAUUACAAUGUCUCACUGUAUUAAAUAAAUCGAAGUCACGCGUGUACGUUAAUUUAAUAGGAGGGAGAAAUAUAUUAUGCAUAUCAGAAUGAGUAUUCGAACGAGGAAAACUAUUAUCUGUGGGGUCAUUAUAUUAUUAAGUCUGUUAUACUUGUAUACGAAUCGGACUUUGUAUACAAAUGAACAAAAGUAUACAAAUGUACAGAACAAGAACAUUUCUUUAAAAUUACUUCUUGCUGCCGCUAUAAGAGCAGCAGAAAUUGGUGGUUCUGAAGUGAUAGCAGUUCAUAACCAAGCUAAAUUUGAAAUACAAAGUAAAGGGAAAACGAAAGAGGGUAUAAAUGAUCCAGUAACAGAAGCAGACUAUAGAUCGCAUUGUGCAAUGUAUCAUUCUUUGCGUGAAGCAUUUCCAAGCAUAACAGUAAUAUCAGAGGAAACAUCAAAGGAUUGUGAUAAGGUUACUGUGUCAAAUAUAAAAGAUAAUAUUAAUACUUUAAAUGAGUAUGAUAUUAAGGAUGAAAUUAUAAAUACGAAUGACAUUACAGUAUGGAUUGACCCUCUUGAUGCAACAAAGGAAUUUACAGAGAAUUUGCUGCAAUAUGUUACAACCAUGGUUUGUGUUGCUAUUAAAGGAAAACCUGUUAUAGGUGUUAUAUUUAAACCAUUUGAAACAAAACAAAAUUCUAGUUUGUUUUGGUCAUGGACUAAUCAUGCAAUUUCAAGAAAUUUACAAGUACUGCUGAAGUUAGAAGAUGAGAGAAUACCAAUAUUGAUUGUAUCACAAUCGCAUGCAGGCCAAAUUCAUAAUGUUACUAAGAUUGCAUUUGGUAAAGAUGUAAAAAUUGUUUCUGCAGCAGGUGCAGGUUACAAAUUUCUAGAGGUUGUAAGUGGAAAUGUGACUGCAUAUGUUCACGUGACUGCAAUAAAAAAGUGGGAUAUUUGUGCUGGAACUGCGAUUCUUACUGCACUUGGCGGAACGGUUACUCAAUUGUUUAAUCAACAGUUAAUAAGCUUUGGUCCAAAUGAUUCCAAAGUACUUACAUGGGGCCUUUUGGCUACCAUGAGUAAUCAUGCUUGGUAUUUGGAUAAAUUUUCAAAUAUUUAACAUAAAUAUUAAAUCUUCGAAUUUUAUUACCAACUUUCAAGUCAUUCUUCCUGUUGAAGACUCUUUUCUAAAGAUCACAAAUAUGCUAAAGACUGGAUAUCAAAGUUCAAUCUAUCCUAAGCAAAUAUUUUGUUUAAAACAUUUAUUUAAAAGUUCCAUAUUUAAUAUUCUUUUGGAAUACUUCCAAGUGAGCAUGUUCUAUACAAUAAUUUUACAUUAUAAAAAAUUAAUAUUGUACUAUUUAUUGUUGUCACAAUAUUUUAUAUAUUUUAUAGUUGUUCAUUGAUAGACUAAUUUUAGAUAAAUUCUGUGAUACUUUCAAAAAGUUUUAUCUGUUCAUUUUAUUUUAAAAAAAGAAACAAUAAAUGUUUUUCUACGAUACAUCUUGUAUAAAAAUAUUUUGUUACUGUUGAUACGAAUAAGAUACAAUGAACUUUAAGAACAAAUGAACACACUAAAAAGAAAUGAAAAUGUAUAUAAACUAAAAGCAAAAGGAUGCUCCUGUAGAUUUUGAUCUGAUCUUCCCAAUUUUUCCCAAUCCUACAGUAAUAAUUCUGCAAAUGCCCUUCACAACAUUUCAAUUAAAGAGCAUUCGCAGAAUCAUUGCUGUAGAAUUGUGAAAAAUAGGGUCUACAGUGUCUGAAAUCGAACCCGAGUCCUUGGCAUUUAUGCCGAUUACGUUAAGGUAUGUGUCGAGUUUCUUCUGAUAGUUGUUCCCGAGAGCAUUCUUAAAUUGUGUAUCCAUAUAAGAGUAAAUUCGCAAAUUCUUACUCUCAGAUAGACGAUAAGAAACUUGCCGAGAACUUAUUACCCGAUAAAACUCACAGAACCUUGUUCACUGAAAAUUGAUCUGUGCCUACAUUUUACAAUUUCUUUCAGUUUCUUUUAAGCUACGAAUGAUCAGGGAUAUAUAAAAAUUUAGGUCUUUGAUUAUUGUCUACAAUAUUUCUGAAAAAAGGAAAGAAUAACGUAGAAAUAAAAGUUGUUAAAUCGAGCCAUAGAUUCGCUAUAGACUGUAAACAGAUACAAUGAAGCAUAUUCAUCACUUACAGGGAACUUUAGAUUGAAAGUGCUCAGCAGUUUUGUAAUUUUGUACGAAUGAAUGUAGUUCAAUGUAAUUAGAUUAAUUGUUUUUACUUACAAUAACCAUCAAUGUGUAUGUAGCAUGUGCUGCAUGAACUGGAAUUAAAAAUUUCAAAAUUGCAAAAUAAGGCUAAUUUGAUGUUCUUAUUUCAUCAGUUCCGCUGCUGCUCUUUUUGUAUUUUUUUCUUUUUUUGAAGUUCUUAUGACGUUUGUAAUUUGAAUGUUGCAAUCAUAUUUACAUAUUUAAUUUUUCUUACUUUACGGUACUUGAUUUCUUAAAUUAUUAAUUUAACUAAAACUUAAGCAUUUAAACUUCG